GAGCGGCGGGUGGUAGGCGCAUGGCGGCCUUAAGCACCUGGACAGAGACCGAACGGCAUCUAUCAUCAAGCCAUUCACUGUCUCUCAAAGCUAAACCGAUACUAUGGGUAUCGUAGUAGGCUAUUAGAGGAGCACGGUGUGGUUCUCGGAGCCACACAGCACCCUAAAUGACAGCGAAUCAGAUAGAUCAGAAAGGACGGACUGGGGAACCCGAACCGGACUGGUUUGCAAGGAUGGAGAAAAGCGCAGGACACAAAGCACAGAAAAGGACAGAGAGUCACGACAUCGCCAAGGUACCCGAUGAGGAGCUGCUUCUGUGGGGCAAAGACGAGCUGGUCCGACAGUUGCGGAAGACCGAGGCGGAGAAGAGGGGCGUCAUCGUGGAGCACAGUAACCUGAUGCGAGAAGUGAACAGAAGGCUCCAGCAACACCUUAAUGAGAUCCGGAGUUUAAAGGAUGUGAACCAGAAAUUACAAGAAGAUAACCAAGAGCUUCGGGACUUGUGCUGCUUCCUGGAUGACGAUCGUCAGAAAGGGAAAAGGAUGACGCGAGAGUGGCAGCGCCUGGGCCGCUACAGCAGUGGUUUGAUGAGAAAGGAGGUGGCUAUCUACCUACAGAAGCUAAAAGAGCUGGAGCAGCGGCAGAGUGAUGUCGUACGAGAUAAUUUGGAGCUGAAGGAGGUGUGCCUCAUGCUGGAGGAGGAGAGGGCAUCUGCUCUUGCAUUAGGGAGAAGUGGCAGUGGGCAAGAGGUGCCUGGCUGCAGGACUUCCAUUGACAGUCAGAACAGCUUGUCUCAGCUGGGGGGAGGUUUACCUGCCCCUGGCCUUCUGCGUGAUGUUGGUGAUGGGAGCAGCACCUCCAGUGCAGGAAGCACAGACAGCCCUGAUACUGCUCAGCACAAAACCUCUCCUUUGGGUUCAUCCGCUAGCCCUGGAUCAAGAUAUGCCACCCUAGAACCUCCCAGUCGACUAGGAGAUGAGUGUGAUUCCACAGGCAGGAGACAUAGCUCCUCCCCAGAAUACCACACCUUCCCUCAGUCAUGCCGCCCACGAGGGGGGUCGCUUACUGAGCUGGAACCGCAAGGAUUUGGAAGACACAGCCCUGAAAAACAGAACAGGCAUCCCAACAAGCAACCCUGCGACUCCUACCGUAAAGCCUGCAGCUCUGACCUACUUGCCCAGAAGCAGUUAUUAAUUUUAGGACAAGUAUCACCAGGUUGUGGGAAGGGCAUAGCCAAGUCCAGCCCGGAGUUGAGUCAAAGACACUGUCCAGAAAAGUCCAUGGGGGCAAGCUGUGGGAGCCUUGAGUCAAAGAAAGUUCUAGGAACACCUGAGCAUCUUCGAAAAGCACGAGUGAUUGUUGGGAGUCCAGAGUCUAUACGACACCAUCAUCACUAUCAGAUCAGUCCUGGGCUGGAAUAUAGCAAGGGAGGGAAGAGUGGAGGGUCCCCAAACCGGGAUGGGGUUCACAGGAGGGCUGCUGGAGAGGAGAUGUCACACCACCACCAGAGUCUGUACAACGUUCUGAUAUCUGCUGGCUGCUGCACCAACUCCUGCAAGAGUGUAAAGAUUUGGGAUAGCUUUGAUGGCUCCUGACCACACAUGCCUCUUGAUCAGAUGCUGCUUGACAACAGACACUCCAGAGAGAGUGUGUUACUAGCACAUGUAUGGAUGGAAGGACACGUGGAUCAAUGCACAACUGAACGGUUAAAUGAGGUUCUUAAUCAAUCACUGGAGGUUGAAAGAACUGUUGCCCUAUCAGCUGCUGCUGUGCAUUUCUGUAGACCACCACAAAAGACUGAAAUCACUAUUUUCUUUUAAUGUAUUGUGAAACACCCACUUCUAAUUCUCAUUCUGAAAGAAUCCUACAUUGUUGUGAAAAAAAUGUAUGUAAGUUACUAGAGGUGUGCAUCGACACUGCCCUCACGAUUCGAUUCGAUUACGAUUCGGAGGGCCACAAUUCGAUUUGAUUCGAUUCAGAGGGUCACGGUUCGAUUCGGCAAUGCAUUGCGAUGCAUAAAAGCCUGGGAUGCAUUAAAAUUCUAAAGCAAAGCAUAUUUUUCGUGGAUCAUGAGCCAACACAAGCGGACAGACAUUAAACAACUUUUUAUUGGCUCUUGUGUCACUCCUGGUUGAAGUCAAAUGAAAAUAGUAUACUUUCAUAUAUAUUUAAAAAAAAAAAAUCAGAUCACAGCAUUUAAUUAGUGCUUUGAAUGAGACCAGGGCUUUCUCUUUUUUUUUUUUUUUUUUACACACAGUAGCAGCCUUUCACACAGUGCAACAUCUGAACUCCUGUGCAAAAUCAGUAAUAACAGUCACUGUAUUUUAGUCACAACGACCCAUCAAUAAAAAUAUUCAAGUAAAUAUUAAAGAAAACGACAAAGAAAAUAUUGUAGUGCAGCAGCAUCUUUAUUGCAAUAUCAAUCCAGGGAUCAGUU